GAGCGUGGUCCUCCUCCUCUUCGAACGUCUGUUUCACGAACUCGCCGCGUAACGCUUGCGCUCACGACUCUCACAAGGCCUCCGACGAUUCGCUGUCCAAAACCUUCCAUCCCGCAUCUGUGGCUGGUUCUAUCGGAAGUCUUGGCGUACAUACCCACCGUCCGCAGUACAAGAACCGUCAGCGGAUAUACUAGCGACGAUCGCAGUCUCACUCUACUGCUAGCCUUCUCAAUAUGGUAGAAGACAAGUAUAUUGGUCUACUACUGGCCCUCGGCGGUUCAGUAGGAAUCGGGAGCAGCUUCAUCUUGACGAAGAAGGGUCUUAUGCAAGCCAGCCAGGCGUCGGCUUAUGCUGCUGCGUCGGAUAGCCACACAUACUUCAAAAGUCCACUAUGGUGGGUGGGCAUGACUCUGAUGGUUAUCGGGGAGAUUGCGAAUUUUGCGGCGUACGCCUUUGCCCCACCAAUAUUGGUCACCCCGUUAGGUGCCUUGAGCGUCAUCAUUGGUGCAAUUCUAGCGUCAUUUCUACUGGAUGAACGCCUCGGCCACCUUGGUCGGGUAGGAUGCGCGUUAUGUCUACUAGGCUCCCUGAUCAUUGUACUGCACGCGCCGCCAGACAAACCCAUUGAAACGGUUGACCAGAUCUUGCACUUCGCGCUACAACCAGGAUUCCUGUUCUACUGUUUUGUCGUGGCGGUCUUCUCACUGUGCAUGAUCUACUUCGUCGUACCGCGAUACGGACGCACGUUCCCGCUCGUGUACCUGUCCAUCUGCUCGCUUGUCGGUUCCGUCUCGGUCAUGGCGAUCAAGGGGCUCGGCGUCGCGGUCAAGCUCACCUUGUCGGGGAACAACCAGUUCGGACGCCCCGCGACAUACGUUUUCGGCCUCCUCGUUGCGGGCUGUAUCGUCGUACAAAUGAACUACUUCAACAAGGCGCUCGACACCUUUUCCACGAACGUUGUGAACCCAAUGUACUACGUUGGUUUCUCAACAGCGACAAUCGUCGCGUCCAUCAUCCUUUUCCAAGGCAUCAACACAGACGAUCCCGCAAACUCACUCUCGCUCCUCGCUGGGUUCAUCACGACCUUCCUCGGCGUGCACCUCCUAGAGCUCUCGCGCAGCGCAGAGUCCGGACGGCCCUCGGACGACGGGUACGUGCGCACGCGCGACGGGGACGUCGUCGGGCUCGAAACGAUAUACGAGCCCGAGCCGGGAGAGGACGACGAGGACGAACGGACGCACCUGCGCUCGGGCGGCGGCAGCCUCGACCGCGACCGCGCGCACGGGCUCGGACUCGGACUGGGGCUCGGUAGCAGAACGAACGGGGACUUGCACGUGUAGAUCCUGCCUCCUUGUGCCGAUUACGCGCAUAUACUUACAUACCAUUCCACUGCAUGAGCGCGAUCGGACACUGCCCGUGGCACAGCACCGCGUUUGAGCGGCCGAGCUCGGACUCUUCCCUCCCCGGGGCGGCGCGUGUGGGCGUAACUUAUAGUAUUGUACGGGGAUCUAUGUGUAGAGCUAGUGUACGUAAUGAUACAUCUGUAGUGCGCCGCGGGCGCGCGCGGUGAUGGUAC